AUGGUGAACGAAAAAGUGGAAGCAGUGAAGAACAGCCAAGACGAAAUUAAACAAGAAGUCAGGAAAGAAGUUGGAGAAGUUAAGGGAGAAGUAAAAGAUAUGAAAGAAAAUCUUUCCAAAGUGAACAAAGAUGUGGACGAAGUCAAAAUCAUGAUGAUUCAAAUGUUAGAGAAGUUAAAUAGGCUUGAACUGCUCAAAAAACUUCCAUCUCCGACUGAGGGAAUGUUGACUACACCAAGAGAAGACAUUUUGAUUACAGGUGGUCGUGCAUCUCGGCGUAAACGUCUCAAAAGUAUAGCAAUAUAUUCCUGGGAGAAAAAUGGUUGGUUUGAGGUGUCGCCUAUGAUUGAAGAGCAUGCCGGAGCUUCGUCAUUUAUUUAUAAUGAUCAGUUAUUUGUCGCUGGGGGAGAGCAUAAUAAGACAAUAGAGACCCUGGAUCUCAAUGAAUUACCUUUGAAAUGCAUGAAAUUUCCUGUAGAACUUCCCUAUGACUGUGGUGGUCAUCAAACUGUUGUUUAUCAACAGCGUGUUAUUCACAUUGGUGGAUUUCAUUAUGACAAAAGCGGAUGGUCUAACAUGAUUAGUGAAUUGCAACUUACAUGUACCACUAUGAAAAAGUUGUGCCAAAUGCCUGAGCCACGGGAAUGUCACGGCGCUGAGAUAAUUGAAGAUAAAGUCCUGGUCUUUGGAGGACAGAAAUCCUUCGGUUAUCAAAGUUCUUUGGACAGUGUGUUGGCGUUUGAUGUAAAGACGAAUGAAUGUAAGGAGAUGCCACCCUUACCACAUUCCCUGACACAAGUGGCAACAGUUCGUUGGAGAGAUCAAGUAGUCGUGCUUGGAGGUUGUGGUAAGGAUGGUAAAGUUCUGAAUGAUGUUUUCAUGUAUGAUUGCAAAACGGGCAAGAUCAAAGCCUUACCAUCCAUGUUGGAGGAGAGAUGUAGAUGUUGUGCAGUUAUAACUGGAAAUACAAUUGUAGUCCUGGGAGGUAUGAACAAGAAAGAUAAAUUUCUCAAUUCGGUGGAGUGUUUUACAAUGGGAGGUUCUACAUGGGAAUAUCUUCCUGCCAUGAAUGAAGCCAGGUUCGGGGCAGUCGCUGAAGUUUUACCUUCAACGAGAAAAUAUGUGCAAGUUUGUCAUUUACGUUAUACAUUAAGGUACAUUGGUUGUACGAUUUUAAUUGUACGAAGACCAAUGAGUGCUAUCCACAGAAUAGUCAUAUUUUUAACAGUGUAAUAACAAAUAACAACGAUAUGAAUAUAUGGACCUCACAAUUGAUAAGAAGAGACUUUAAUUUAUAAACAGUGGCGGCGCCAGGGGGGGGGCAAAGGGGGGGGCGACCUUUUUACCACUUCCCCCCCCCAAAUUUGAGUUUGCCCCUUAAAUGCCCCCCCCCCCCAAAUUUGGAAGCCUGGCGCCGCCACUGUUUAUAAAUAAUAAAGUUCAAUGUCGGUUUAUACAAUUGAGCGGAUAAUUUUAGAAAAAUUGAAAAAUCACUAUACGACUAACCAAAAUGCUGCAACUUCCAACAUACAAACAGUGAUUCCAACGUGUGUUAAUUAACACUAUUUAUGGAUAAUGCCAGGUGUGCCAGCGUGUAACUAUCGCGUAACCAAUUUUAAUUACCGUGCCUGGAAAAUAAGCCACUGUUGAAAGAUGCCGCAAUUUUGUUCCUCGUAUUAAUUUGGUAUUAUUUACUCGCACACUUUCUGUACAUUAUUUCGCCCGAAAAAGCGAAAGCGCUUGAAAAUGCAGUACGAAUAAUUUCAAAAUGAUACGAAAAGAUAUGUAGUGCGGAAUAAGAGCAGAAAGUGAUUUUCUCAGUAUUGAAGGGUAGAGUUUGAAUGCGCAUGAAUUUGGUCGCAUUCAGGGCCGUAGGAACUGUGUGCUCUGAAUCAACAAUAGACUGUAGGUAAUUGAAGACGUUCAGACGCGUUGUGGAUUGGGGGAACAUGGCCAAAUACCCUUUCUGACGAUUAAUUUUCCUAGUCACAUUAAUUUGUAAGUAACACUGUCACAUUGAGCAGUAGUUAUUUUACUUAUUUUUAUUGUUAGGCAGUACUAACUUAACAUUGAAAUCUUGGGUAGGAAAGACUCUAAAAAUGCCAUUUCCGACGGUCUAGAAAAUUCAAAUUUUCAUGUUUUCCGGUCGGCGCCAACCAUUGGCCAGCCUCACGGGCGUCAUCAGUUAAAAUUAGCAAGCUUCAAAAUGUACCUUUCGUUUGACUAAAUUUAUCCCGUAAUGCCCUCUUUAUCCCUUUACAAUGCCUAUGUUUAUAUUGGUAUUACGAUUUAGCCGUUCAGUGUUUAUAGUAGAUAUAGAGUACUAAACAAAGAUAAUUGUAUAUUAAUAUCAACUCAGAAACGAGAAAACAUUCGUGAUGUUUUUAAAAUAGAUUGUAGAGAACUAUAUUACCGAAAAUGUAAUUAUAGGACAUAUAGAAAAUAUAGACAACCUCCAACUGGAAAUUUGAAGCUAAACUUGAAGGGCAGUCCCAGUCUUUUCGCACAUGCGAAGAGCACUCAAUCAGUCAAUCGGACUCAAUCCAUAGGAUAUACGUCACUAAUUAUACAGUCAAAUCACAGCGCGACCGGAGCACGCUACGUGCAUGAUACUAACAGUAAUUUUACUGCUAAUUGCAUACUUUAGCGUUUUAAUAAAACUCGCUUGUUUGGGCUUCCUAUGGUCAAUCAUGAUAUAAACACGCGUGUCUGGGGAUCAAGAUUUAGCUCAAGUAAAAGAGAGGCAGUGUGUCUGAAGGUAGCAUUCCAGUUAUAUUUAUUUCAAAGGAUUACAGUAAUGUAUGUUUUUCCAAAAAAUGAAACUUACAAUCAUUUUCAAAUGUGUUUGGACAGAUGCCUUAGCUACUUUCAAUGUUGGUUCUCAGUUAGCAUCUUACUUUGAUGUGUGUUUGGGAAAAUAAUGUUGAUUGGGGAGGGGGAGAUAUUUAUCACUUAUUUACUGAGACCGAGGGAAACAGUGUGUUUUGUGGACCCGAGACCGCCGUUGUAUAUAAGUGUUCAAGGUAUGCAUAAUUCACCGGUUAUUGGAGUGAACUUAGUUUGAAAUCAAAACUGGAUAAAUGGAACGCCGUAAAUGUUUAAUGAAAAAGUUUAAAAAAUGAACUUUGGAACUUUAUGGUUGACAGUUGACACGCAUGCGUAUUGCACCCAUUUUAUUAUUGACCGGUCAAUAAAUGUUUCAUUGUGGACCGGUUGGCUCUUCCGCAAAGCACACAGUGAACACGACGUUUUGUGGACCGGCACGUGAUACAGUUUUGACCAAUCGGCAAACAGAAAAAUUGAACUUUGAUACUAACUAUAUAACAUAAAAGUUCGUAAUAAUUUGCGUAUAUCCAUUGUCAUUGAUCAAUCUAAACUGCAAAUGUCCCAACUAUUUUUGAAAAUGAUUGUAGCUUUAAUAUAUAUGAUGUUAUGACAUCAUAUUCACCUGAGUACACAACACCAACACAGAAAAAAAAAAUCAUUUUAAUAUAUGUUAUUCAAAUUAUUUCCUUUUUGGGAAAUACUGUUAUGCUGGUUUAUGUUGAGCAACGUAAAACGAUUUCUGUUCUAUAAAAAAUUUCAAUCUAUGUUUUGUAAAUAAAUGAAGAGUUGUUCUUCGAAUAUCGGCCUUUGUUUUUUUUUUAAAUUUUCAUAUUGCACUUUACUGGGUGUGCAUAAAAUUUUAAGUGCUUGGUUGAAUCAAUUACGGCUAUUUAAUAAUUAAUGUGUUGUUUUUAUAUUCUGCUCCCGAGAGAAAUAGUUAGGUUUGUUUUCCCGAGAAUCUCAAAUCAAAUGUCGAACAUCCAGAGAUAUACAACAACAACAACAUUAUUUCCAGGAAAACAACAUUAUUUCUAGAACAAAGUGUUUUAGGAUUAAGGUUAGGGAUUAGGAUUAAAGCUAAGUUAGGAUCGGUUAGGACAAAGGUAAGUAGGUUUAGGGUAAAUUAGGGUUAAAGGACUUUGUAUAAAUGGAAAUUUCUAGUGUGAAUUUUAUAUACAUUUAUGUAGACCUAACCAGGCGCGGCUGCGAAAAAUGCAACUAUAGGCCUUGAUGAAUGCAUUUUAUGUGUAUUCACACUCGAUAUGGGUGAUGCCUUGAUCAAGGCAAGAAGAACGAAAUCCAACACCACAGCUAGAACGAGCGUCUUUGAGAAUGCCGGAGUAAAAUGUAAAGAUUUGUUGCUAAAAGUUGUAAAAUGAAAAAAAUUUAUAUAGCCAUGUGAAGUUCGUAAAUUUUGUAUAUAUUUGUAUUAUGCGCGGAAAAAAUUAACCACUUUCAGCUCAAAAAUGGAUCUUUUUACCGCGCGUAAUGCAAAUAUAUACCGAAAUUUGCGAACAUCACAGGGUUAUAUUUUCCUCAUUUUACAACAAUUCACAAAAAGACUUUGCAGUUUUACUCAUUUUAAGAUGCUUUUUCCAGCUAUGGUAAUGGUUUCGUCUUUCUUGUUUAGAUCAAAAUUUAGUCUGUAGCUGAAAUCAACCAUUUCCAUCUGCAAAAUUCUUCAACAUUAUAGUAAGAUGCCCAAAAAGUCUUGAUUUAUAUUUACUCAGGGUUCAGCAUGAAGAUUGGUAUUACUAUUAG